AUGCGCAUGGAGCUGCACAACCUGCUGUACGAGUCGGCGGCGCUGGCGGGCCCCCCGCAGUUCCUCCGGAGCCCGCCGCCGGGCGCGCCCCUCUGCCCGCAGGCCGACCCGGGCGGAGACAUCGGGGAAACGGAGACCUCGGUGGACCUGAGCGCCUACAUCGAGCCGUCCGCCUUCCACGACGACUUCCUGGCCGAACUUUUCCAACACCCGUCGAGGAUGCGCGCCGCCGAGUACGAGCACGCGCACGGACCCCAACUCACCUACGGCAAGACGGACGCCGCGGCGCUCAAGACGGAGGACCUGUGCGACGUGCACACUCGCCCGCUCUCCAUCAAGCAGGAACCGUGCGACGAGGACUUCCUGCGCGCCGGCUACCACGCGCCUCCUUACCCGCCUCCGCACCUGCAGUACCAAGCGGCCCGCUGCGCGCAGACCUCGGUGCACCUCCGGCCGGGUCAUCCCACCCCGCCGCCCACCCCCGCGGGUAGCCCUCACCCGCAGGCGCCGCACGACCCGCGGCGUCGGCCGCUCCCGGCGACCGGCAAGUCCAGGAAGCACGUGGACAAGAGCAGCCCCGAGUACCGUCUGAGACGCGAGCGCAACAACGUGGCGGUGCGCAAAAGUCGAGACAAAGCCAAGAUGCGCAACAUGGAGACGCAGCAGAAGGUUCUGGAGCUCGGCUCCGACAACGACAGACUCAGACGACGCGUGGAGCACCUCAGCCGCGAGUUGGACGCCCUGCGCGGCCUCUUUCGCCAGCAGCAGCAGCACGACCCCCGCUACGGGGGGCACGUGCACAGCUGA